AUGAGCAGCGAUGGACCUGGCAAACUACUGCAAUUUGAUUUCGACGGGAUCAGAGCUGCAACGAACGGUUUCGCGGAUGGAAGGAAGCUCGGUCAAGGUGGAUUUGGAGCUGUGUACAAGGGCACUCUAUCAUAUGGACAACACAUAGCAGUCAAGAGACUAUGUAGGCAUUCAGAGCAGGGAGACUUGGAAUUCAAGAACGAAGGAGAACUGGUGGCCAAGCUUCAACACAGAAACUUGGUUAGAUUUCUUGGUUUCUGCUUGAAAGGGAAUGAAAGGCUUCUCAUCUACGAGUUUGUGCCUAACGCUAGCCUUGACCAUUUCCUUUUUGACCCAAACAAGAGAGUACAUUUGGAUUGGGAAAGACGCUAUAAGAUCAUUGGUGGCAUAGCUCGAGGGCUCAUUUACCUACACGAGGACUCCCGGCUCCGGAUCAUUCAUCGGGAUCUCAAAGCUGGCAACAUUUUGUUAGAUGCAGAGAUGAACCCCAAGAUUGCCGAUUUCGGGUUGGCUAGACUUUUUGACUUCAACGAAACGGAAGGCACUACGAGAAGAGUUGUUGGAACUUACGGCUAUAUGGCUCCAGAGUAUCUCAUGCAUGGCAAUUUCUCGAUAAAGUCGGACGUAUUUAGUUUUGGUGUGCUUGUUCUGGAGAUUGUGAGCGGCAAAAGGAACAGACUUGUUCGUGGUGGAUCCUCUGAGGAGGAUCUUUUAACUUAUGCAUGGAAGAGUUGGAGGAACGCGAUGUAUUCGAACCUAAUAGACCCAUCUCUGGAGAACGGCGACGUUUCAGGUGUGGAGAUGACGAGAUGCAUCCACAUUGGAUUGUUAUGCGUCCAAAGGAAUGCAGACGACCGGCCCACCAUGGCCACGGUUGCUCAGAUGCUGACUAACUACUCGUUGACUCUGCCGCAGCCUUCCAAGCCGGGUUUUUUCAUGCAAACCGCCGGCGCCGGAGGAGAAUCGGAGGAAGGAGCAGCGGCAUCUAAUUCUCGAUCUGGAAUUCAUGAGGCCGCCGUCCCUUUGUCUUGGAAUGAAGUCUCCCUCACCGAGCUUUGUCCUCGCUAA